AUGGACGAUUUGAAAGAAGGAAAUAGGGUGGAUAAUGUGACAGAAAUUCAUUGGAUUGAAAGCUCGACUGAAAAGUCAAUUAUAUUUUCGGCAACUGCAGUUGGUGCUCUAGUGGAGCUUAUACCAUCAGUCCCUUUGCUAAACCAUUUGCGUGUUAGACGAACAUUAUCUCUUUUCGGACUUUGCUCUACGCUUGGAACUUUUUUCACCCCUAUCGCUGUAUCUUUGAGUUUCUACCUCGUAGUUUGGUGCAGAUUUCUUCAGGGUCUCGGUGUUAGUGUAAUUCUUACUGUACUUGGUCUUAUUCCUAGUUCAUGGUCUCCAAAAUCCGACCACAGUACUUAUCUGGCGAUUCUCUCGUCUGCUUGGCAAUUCGCCAAUGCGAUUUUCAUGCCGGUUUCAGGAGUCUUAUGCGACUCCUCAUUUGGGUGGAGAUCGAUUUACUACCUUUUUGGAGGAUUGACCGGAAUCUUCUAUUCCAUUUUUUAUAUUUUCUACACCGAUGCUCCAUCGAUGCACAGAAACGUUUCCGAGAAAGAGUUGGGUACAAUUGGAGAAGGAAAACAGGAGCAACCGACAAUUUACACCUUGUGGUUGUUCACCUCCGUCCUUGGUCUAAUCAUUGGUUAUGCCAUCAUGAUUUGGACGACGAAUCGCAUUGUCGCAUUUUGUGCAUUUGGAUUCGCUGGGAUAACAUCUGGUUUGAUUAUCAUUGCAACUGUAAAAUGUCUCACAUUGAGAUGCCAACAGCACUGUCAUUUUGCCGUCGGUGCGACUUCAUUCAUGUCUUAUUGUGUGCAGUUCAUUCUACCUCUUUGUGUAGGAUUCAUGUGUCCUGAUAACACUUCAGAACAGUGGACUAGACUCUUCGUCAUUGUCACUGUGGUUGUGAUUCUCACAAACAUCCCAUUCCCGUUGCUGACGAUUCAAGAGCCAGCAGACUAUACGAAGCAGAGCGAUUCUUCAGACAGAAAAAUCUGA